UCCACCACCACCAUAUCUCUUCAAACCUCCUCAGCCACUUCCAAGACAAUUAACACCCCCAACCAACCAACCAACCAACCCUUCAACCCAAAAGAAACAGCCAUGAACUGCAUCUGGCCCGAACCCGUGGUCCGAGUCCAGUCCUUAUCCGAGAGCGGGAUCCGGAAGAUACCCGACCGCUACGUCAAGCCACCCUCCCACCGCCCAUCCCUCAACCACAACGCGGUGGUCAGCAACAUCCCGGUGAUCGACCUGGCGGAGGCCUUCUCCCACGACGCAGCCGUGCGGUCGGAGACGAUGCGGCGGCUGUCGUCGGCGUGCAAGGACUGGGGGUUCUUCCAGGUGGUCAACCACGGUGUCGACGUGGAGCUGAUGCGGAACAUCCGGGAGAUCUGGCGGGAGUUCUUCGACCUCCCACUCGACUCCAAGCAGCAGUACGCAAACGACCCCGUUUCCUACGAAGGCUACGGCAGCCGCCUCGGUGUCGAGAAAGGCGCCACCCUCGACUGGAGCGACUACUUCUUCCUCCACUACCUCCCCGCCAAGCUCCGCAACCCCGGCAAGUGGCCCCAGUUCCCGGAAACCUGCAGGGACUUGGUGGGUGAAUACGGGAAGGAAGUGAGCAAGCUGGGAGGGAAACUGAUGAAGAUAUUCUCCAGCAACCUCGGCCUCCAAGAGGAUGGCCUCCAGGACGCGUUUGGAGGGGAGGAGUUCGGCGGGUGCCUGAGGGUCAAUUUCUACCCGAAAUGCCCUCAGCCGGACCUCACCUUGGGGCUUUCUUCCCACUCCGACCCCGGCGGCAUGACCAUUCUCUUGCCCGACGAGAACGUCGCCGGCCUUCAGGUCAGGAAAGCCGGCAACUGGGUCACCGUCAAGCCCGUCCCCAGUGCCUUCAUCAUCAACAUCGGGGACCAGAUUCAGGUGUUGAGUAAUGCGAUAUACAAGAGCGUGGAGCACAGAGUGAUAGUGAACUCGGCCAAGGACAGGGUGUCCCUGGCCUUCUUCUACAACCCUAGGGGUGACCUCCUGAUUGGGCCAUCGAAGGAGCUAGUGAAGCCUGACCAGCCAGCUCUAUACCCUUCCAUGACAUUCAAUGAAUACAGGCUCUUCAUUAGGACCAAGGGCCCCUGUGGCAAGGCUCAAGUUGAAUCCAUCAAGUCAUCAUCCAUUUCUAGCCGGAAUUAGUCCUUUAAGAUUAUUCAUUACUAUCAUGUAAACUUAAUUAUAUUAAAUUCUCCAAUAUUUAUGUACAACUCAUCUCUCUCUCUCUCUCUCUAGGAAUAAGCAUACAAAUGUUGUAUACCCUAGCUAGCUAGCUUGAACGGGCGUCCCAUGCUUGUGAUGGUUUGAACCGAGUGAAUUAUAUAUUAGGAUCUAGGGUUGAUUUAGGCAUGCAAAAUAUUAUGUAAUUUUCUGGAGCUAGCAAUAUAUUAUACUUCCUUCUA